UGGUCUUCAAAGUGAGAGAAGUCAACUUAGGCGUUUCCUACAAAGCUAUAUAUUUUUUGGGGCCCGGUUAUUAACACAAAAGGGGACCAUGGUUAUGUUGAAGAUCUCUGCUUUCCUUGUUGCCUAUGCCUUGGUCAUUUGCCAGAUGUACAGCUCACAAGCAGCCCCCACCAGAACAGGCAUAGAGUCCAUGACAGACCAAGUCACGCUCACGGACUACGAGGCACGGAGGUUACUCAACGCCAUAGUCAAGGAGUUUGUGCAGAUGACAACUGAAGAGCUGGAGCAGCAUGUGACUGAAGGCAAUAGCAGCAUUACAACACAGAAGCGAGCCUGUAACACAGCCACCUGCGUGACUCACCGCCUAGCAGAUUUUCUGAGCCGGUCGGGGGGCAUGGGCAACAGUAACUUUGUCCCCACUAACGUAGGCUCUAAGGCUUUUGGCCGGCGGAGGAGAUACACACAGAUGUGAACAUUCCAACAACCUUCAGGAUGUUGACCCUCCUUAACGCGAUGACAUCAGAACAUAUCUGGGAGAAAACAACAAAACAAACAGAAAAAAACACUGGCUUUAUUAUCCACUCUCCCACAGUCUACACAAAGAAACCCCUUCAGAUUGUAGGACUCCUCUCAUUCCCAUAAUGUUAUGAACCUUUCAUUUUGCUUUUUGCAAACCAGAGGGGGAAAAAAUGACAGCAACCUAUGUUAUGUACAUUGACAGCUGAAUCCGAUUCCUUUUUUUUAUACAUUAAAUUAAUUUGAAAUGAAUGGAGAAAGCAUCAGUGCUUAUUUAUGAUUUAUUAUCUAUUGUCUUAGAGCACAUUUGUACCAUGUGACCCAUUUGCCCUGUCACUCAUAUACCCCCUGUCCCCAUGGCAACUGUGACCCGCAGGGAUAGACAGUAAAGAUCAGCUUUCCCUUGGCUCCCUCACAACUGCUGUCUUGUGCCUUGAUGUAAAAACACUUUACAUGACAUGAUUGUCCAGUAUGUUUGAAGAUUAUAAGAAGAUUACGAAGAAGAGAAUGAAGAUGAAAAAUAUUCAAGAGAUUAAUAUUGUAACAAUUGUGAAUUUCAGCAAGAUUAAAAUGUAUUUUAGAUACA